GUGCACGGACAUGAUGGUAAUCAAUAACUCAUCAGUGACUCAGCAGAAGGAUCCCGGGUGAGAUCUGUGCAUUUACUGACCUAUUUUCUCUCCUCCUUCUAUACACCGCCAAGCAGUCACCUAAGCGAACCUAUGCUUUAAGGUGCAAUAAUUCCAGUAACGUUUGCUUUCGACACGAGUUAUUCCAUUCCCAUGAUGCCGAGAGGCUGGAUCCCAGGUGCGGUUUUCCCCGUGGUCUGCGGCGAGCGGAUGCAUCCUGGCCGAGACGAACAGACGGAGGAGGAGCAGCGGAACGCGACAAGUGGCACUAGGUGCGAGGAGCUGUGGCGGCUCUCGCACGGUCCGGCUGAACUGCGGGACACCGCACCUGCUUUCGGCAGAGGCGCCUCGGUGCCUUGCCAAGCCAAGCAGCGCCAGGUGGCGCGGGAGGAGCCGCUCCACCGGCGCCGUGACCGGGCUAAUGUCACCCGGCGCCGUUGCUGCUCCGGCCGCCCCGCGGGGCCGCUGCCGUUAACGGAGCUGCGGCGGGUGCGGGGAAAGGGACGAGCAUCACCGCGGAGAAGGCGGCUCAGCCCCCCUGCCGGACCCCCGGGAGCGAGAGACGGGCCCGCCCCCAGCGCCGCUCGGCCGCCAUACUGCGGGGCAACCCAAACUUGUUACACACGGGCACCAACUCCUCCUCCUACGCCUGCCCUUCCCGCCGCCCUGCCCCCGCCGCCGCGGGAGGAGGGGGCUGCGCCGGCCCAACCCCAGCCGCGGGGACGGCGCCGAGGCGGGCGGGGGCCGUGCGAGGGGAGCGCCGCAGCCCCCCGCAGAAAGGACGUGUUUCUGACACCUUCCCAGCUCUGGCGUGUGCAGGAGGCUCCAAAGGGUGGCAGCCUGAUUUAUUUCUCUAGCAAACAGAAGAAUGCACUCAGUCACACUUCUCAGCAGCUCUGCAGCCUGUGGAGCGUGUGGGCAGUCUCUGUAUGCAGCAUCCUGGAAAAUGUGCGUUCUCUUGAAGUGAUCUGCUGAAAAGCACGUACUUGUACAGUUGUUCCAGCCUCCCUUGUUGCAUUGCUCUCAAAGGCUGAAAUGCCUGGUCUCUAAUGCUCCCUGGGGUCUCCAUUUCGUAUGCCAAAGAAACGCUACCUGCUGCAGUUACCCAUUGAACUCCGAAGAGCAAGGACACUGAAGAUGGCCCUGUCUGCUUUUUAUGCAGCUUGGGGUCUGUUUCUAGAAGUGGCAAUAGCAUUUGGCCCAGUACCGAGGAUCACUUGGGAACACAAAGAGGUCCAGCUAAUACAUUUUAAUGAAUCAAAAGUGUCAAACUAUUCAACCUUGCUGUUAAGUGAAGACAAAAACGUUCUCUAUGUAGGAGCCAGGGAAGUGAUCUUUGCCUUAAAUGCAGUGAAUAUUGCUGAGAAGCAGCACGAGUUACACUGGAAGGUCACAGAAGAUAAAAGGACUAAAUGUGCAGUCAAGGGCAAAUCAGAACAGACAGAAUGUCGUAACUACGUGCGCGUCUUGCAACAGCUGAAUGAUACUUUCCUCUAUGUGUGCGGAACUAAUGCAUUUCAGCCAACGUGUGAUUACCUGAAUUUAAUUUCAUUUGAACUUGGAGGUAAAAAUGAAGAUGGUAAGGGCAGAUGUCCAUUUGAUCCUGCUCAAAGCUACACAUCCGUUAUGGUUGAUGAGGAGCUUUAUUCUGGGACUUCCUACAAUUUUUUGGGAAGUGAACCUAUUAUUUCACGGCACUCUCAUCAGAGCCCUCUGAGAACAGAGUAUGCAAUACCUUGGCUUAAUGAGCCCAACUUUGUUUUUGCUGAUGUGAUAAGAGCAGAUCCAAACAGCACAGAUGGAGAAGACGACAAGAUAUACUUCUUUUUCACUGAGGUGUCUGUGGAGUAUGAAUUUGUUGGAAAAUUGAUGAUUCCAAGAAUAGCUAGAGUAUGCAAGAGGGACCAAGGAGGAUUAAGGACCUUGCAGAAAAAAUGGACUUCAUUUCUCAAGGCCAGACUGAUCUGUACCAUCCCUGAUAAGAAUUUAAUUUUCAAUGUUAUCAAUGAUGUUUUUAUUCUCAAAUCUCCGACUUUGAAGGAACCAGUGAUAUAUGGAGUCUUCACCCCACAACUGAAUAAUGUGGGACUGUCAGCAGUGUGUGCAUACAAUCUGUCUACUGUAGAAGAGGUUUUCUCAAAAGGAAAAUACAUGCAGAGUGCUACAGUGGAACAGUCUCAUACAAAGUGGGUGCGAUACAAUGGGGAAAUUCCUAAUCCUCGACCUGGUGCGUGUAUCAACAAUGAAGCCAGAGCAUCAAACUACAUGAGUUCUCUGAAUUUACCAGACAAAACAUUGCAGUUUGUUAAAGAUCAUCCUCUAAUGGAUGACUCAGUGACCCCAAUGGGAGACAGACCCCGGCUAGUAAAGCGAGAUGUGAAGUAUACACAGAUUGUAGUUGACAGAGUCAGAGCACUCAAUGGCACCAUCUAUGAUGUUAUGUUCAUCGGUACAGAUCGAGGAGCCUUGCACAAAGCUAUCAGCUAUGAAAAUGGAAUGCAUAUUAUUGAAGAAACACAGCUUUUUCCAAAUUUUGAAUCAGUCCAAACUCUCUUGCUUUCAUCCAAAACAGGCAGAAGAUACCUCUUUGCUGGUUCAAAUUCUGGUGUGGUGCAGUCUCCAGUGGCAUUCUGUGACAAGUAUACCACUUGUGUUGACUGUGUUUUAGCAAGGGAUCCUUACUGUGCUUGGAAACCUCUUGAAGCUUCCUGCACUGAUAUUUUUAAAGAAGGUGAAAUGGAAAGGAACUGGAUUCAAAACAUAGGUGGAGAUGCAUCUUCUUGUUCUGAUAAAGUAAGAGAGAAUCCCCUACAGCAUACAUUCAAGCAUGGGAGCACAGCAGAACUCAAGUGUUCUCAAAAGUCCAAUCUGGCACAGGUAGUUUGGAAGUUCAAAGAUGAUGUGCUGAGAGUGGAGAGUCCCAAGUACCGUCUGCUGGAGAAGGCACUGCUCAUCUUCAAUUUAUCAGAAGGAGACAGUGGUGUUUACCAGUGUUUGUCAGAAGAAAAAGUGAAAAAUAAGAAGUUUUCUCAGGUGCUGGCUAAGCAUGUUUUGGAACUGAAAAAAAUGCAGCAUACCACAGUGGGCCCCACCACGGCAGCCGCACCAACAGAAGGUAAUAGUGAUGUGCCAAAAGUGUCGGCUGUGUCAACCGAGGGGUCCACUGCUCACAUCUCGACCACUCACAUGGUACCAGUAACAACAGCAAGGAUAUUAACUAAGCCCAUUGGCCCUGUCCUAACGAGUGUAGCCUCCAACACAGAGCUCUUCAAUUCAAUUCCUGACGCAGUCCCCGAAAAGACAAUGUUCCUCAAGUCAAAUGAUAACUUCCUGUUGAUGUUCCUCUUCCUCUUCUUUUUCAUUCUCUUUUUGUGCCUGCUCUCCUACAACUGUUACAAAGGGUACUUGCCAGGGCAGUGCUUGAAAUUUCGCUCUGUGAUGCUGCUUGGUAAGAAGAAAACGAAGUCAGAUUUUUCUGAUUGCGAGCAAAGCGUGAAAGAGACGCUGGUGGAGCAGGGCAGUGUCAGCCACCAGAGCGGGGAGCAGCCCAAGCCUGCGCACGACACCGGCUACGAGACGGAGCCUGACUGUGGGAACAGCCAGCUGCAGGCUGGGGAUUCGCAGGCGUCCCGUGAGGCCAAGGACAAGCCCUUCGACGUCAAGUGCGAGCUCAAGUACGCCGACUCGGAUGUGGAGGGGGACUGAAGGAGCCCACCGUCCCUCUCAGUGGCAGAAGUGAGCUGUGGUCCUGCGGCUGGCUAUUUGAGCACGGAGAGCCUGGGUGUGACAGCUAAGCCAUAGCAGGGGUUACAUGCUUAAGCUGUACAGCAAGCCAAUUUUCGUUUGGAUCUCAACAGAUUAGAGAAGUGGUGUACUUGUCUGGAGACCAUAGCAUCUUGUGUUGUACUGUGUUUUUUUAUGUUCUUUUCAAAUGGCCAGUUUCAGAUCACCACUUGUUUGUUCCCAAUUUUACCCCCACUGAGCACUUUGCUCUAGUGAAGCUACUUGCUUGUUCUUUGGCCAUAUUCUUCGAUAGAGUAAAAGUAACUUUAUAAUUCAGUUGGCUUUAAAAAGUACUUCAGUCUUCACAUAUAUUUAGUUGCCAUUAAAAAAAGAUCUAGUUUCAUUUUAAUUCCAAAUUGGAAAUUGAGUUUAGUUUAUCAGAUUGGUAAAUUAUAGACUUUUGUCCAGAUUGGGACAUUUUUUUUCUUUGCUUCUAGUGAUUGUUUUUAGUUUUAUGCUUUGUGUUUUGGCACACUAGAUCUCUUUAGUUGGUUAAAGUUAAUUAUUUUAACUGCUCUAUAAGUAUCUUAGAUUUUAAGGUAUAAUGGGGAUAGCAUUGCCUUGAUUUGUGUAAGACUCAGGGAUAAUCUUGUUUAAAGGCUCUUUUCUUUGCUGCUUUCUAGAAAUGUAGGUACAACAGUAUCAGUACGAAACAUGGAGUAAGUGGGGAAUGGGGAAGGAGGAAACAAUUGCUUUUUUUUUUUUUUUUUUUUUUUUUUCCUCCCCCCCACCAGCCAGCCAGCUGGACAUAGUCACAUUUUAUUUUCUAUACAAAACUGGAUUUAUUUUUUUUUUCUUUAGUUUAUAGAACAGUACAGGCAAGCAACUGUCAGUUAGCAGUGACACGGAAAGAGAUUUCUUGCAUUAUGGAAGCAAAACAGGAAUCAAGAAGAAUUAACUCCAACAAUUCAGCUGGUGACUCACCGGAAUGGACUGUUAGGACACAGCCUGAUGAGAAAACAUUGCUGUUUUUUUUUCUUCUUUUCAGAUUCAGAAAUAACUCUGCUUCUUUUUGUGACAAAUACUUGCAGCGUCACCCUUUCUGGAUGAUACCUUCACUCUCCUAUGCAACUGGAGACUGAAACUGAAGCUGCUUAAACAAUCAGUCCUUUGAACUCUUUUAUGUGAAUCAUGCCUGCUAACGUGAAAGUGUGCAUUUGUUCUCAGCCUGGUUCACAGCAGCACUGUUUGUCUGUAAAAGCAUUUUAUGUGUGCAGUACAGUCCUGAAGAAUUGUUCCUUUCACUGCUUCUUUCUGUAAAUAUUGCUAGAAGUAGAAUACAUUUUAACAGUAAAUAGCAGUAUGCCUGGGCUGCUUUUCUGUGUUCAACUUUCAUGCAAACAUAAUUUAGACCAUCUUAGUGUAAACAGUUUAUAUUUUAUAAGAUUCAGUUUGGUUUUAUUUUUCUAUUUUUAAUUAUGUACAUAUAACAGAAUAAAUAUUAAAAUAAAUUGUAUU